AUGCCUUCCGACUUCCUGGAGGCCGGGGAGACACCGGUGGAGAGCCGAAGCCGGACCCUGAGCGGGGAACAGCAACCUCCCAUCGGUGGGCUCGUGUCUCAGAAGUGCCCUUCAGAGGAUGGACCGGUAGCACUGGGUGGAAUGCUUGUCCACCCGGAGGAAGCCUAUCACUGCCUAAAACGUGGAUCUCCGUUGACAGACCUGCGGGACGGGUCAAAUGCUCAGGCCGCCUCCGAACACACAACCCACAGAAAACUUCCCGGGAAACUGAGAGAAGUGACCGCGAUACCACUAUCUCCAUCUGGGAAGAAUGUCCACGUCAGCUUAGCCUUCCGCCGCAAUGGCUCGGUGCCAUUGGCUGUCCCUGCGGCCGUGUGGGCCGGACGACUCGUAAGGAGGGAAGUGGGCCGGCCUUAUAAAGUUCCGCCGGAGCCGGCUGAGCUCGCCAUCUUGGGUUCCGGGGUUCGGGGCUGUCCGCCGGCGCUCAGGUUCGCCGGCGGCGGGGUCCGAGGACAGUGGCGGGACGGUCCGGGACGCGCCAUGGGGUUGGUGUCGUUUGAGGACGUGGCCGUGCGCUUCACCUGGGAGGAGUGGCAGGAGCUGAGCGCGGCCCAGAGGAGCCUCUACAGGGACGUGAUGCUGGAGAACUACCGCAGCCUGCUCUUCCUGGAGCCCAGCAUAGCCAAACCUAAGUUGAUCAUGAAGUUGGAGCGUGGAUUUGGGCCAUGGAGCCAACCAGAGGUUUCAGUCCAGAGCUUCUCAGGUGUUCGUAAAAUGAGGGCUUUGAUUGAUGCCAGCAAGGAACAUCCUAGGAUAUAUUUGCACCACUUUGGAAUAACUAACCAAAGAACGUCAAGUGAAUACAUGAUUGAAGCACAACUAAAGACUCAACAGAAAAUCUACAAAAGGACAAAAUCCCAUCAUGGCAGAGCACUUGCAGAAACUUCUUACCACAAAUUACAGGAAACCAAGAAUCAGACUUUGCACAGAAAUGGGAAACUCUAUGAGUGUAAGGAAUGUAGGAAAGUUUUCUGUCGUAAUUCAUCCCUCAUUAAGCAUUACAGAAGAACUCAUAAUGUAGAGAAGCCCUAUGAAUGUAAUGAAUGUAGUAAAAUGUACUAUUGGAAGUCGGACCUCACUGCACAUCAGAAAACUCAUAGACAAGAGAGGACCUAUGAAUGUAAAGAAUGUGGAAAAUGUUUCUUCCGUCAGUCUCAUCUCAAUGCACACGAAAGAGCUCAUCAUACAGGUGAGAAACCUUAUGAAUGUACAGAAUGCAGGAAAGCUUUCUCUUACAAGUCAGACCUUAAUCGACAUAGGAAAACUCAUUUGGGUGAAAAGCCUUAUGUAUGUGAAGUGUGCAAGAAGCCUUUUUCUCGAAAGUCAAAGCUCUCUAUACAUCAGAAAAAGCACACAGGUGAGAAGCCUUAUGAAUGUACAGAAUGCAGGAAAGCUUUCUCCCAUAAGUCACAGCUCACUGCACAUCGGAUAACUCAUUCAUCUGAGAAUCAUUAUGAAUGUAAAGAAUGCAAUAAAUCUUUCCACUGGAAGUGUCAACUCACAGCACAUCAGAAAAGACAUACAGGGAAGACGCUUCAUGAUGAAGAACACAAGAAAACCUUCUACCACAAGUCAGAAGUUACUGUACAUCAGGGAACUCAUACAGUUGAUAAGCCCUACAAAUAUGAGGAAUGCAAGAAGGAAUUUUACAUAAAGUAGACCUUUAUGUAAAGGUCUUUAUGGGAGAAUUCACAAUUGAGAAGCUUUACAGAAUAUAAAAAAUGUAGGAAAGUUUUCCAGUGCAAUUUAUAACCUCAUUUGAUAUCAAAGACCCAUACAAAUGAGAAGCCACAGCAGAGAACAGCAUAUGAAAAAACAAAACAAAACAGGAUUGUAUUGACUCAGUAUUUCUUGGAUGACUUAUCUGCCAUCAGAGACUCCACAAAGAUGUUGUUAGAAAGCUCAGUGGUUAAGAGCACUUGCUCUAUAAUUGUGAUGAUCCUAGUACCAGCUUGACAAGUCAGGGUCCCUGCAAACACUUGUCAGCCCAGUUCGACCACGGGGGAGACAAAAGGAUCUCCUGAACUUGCUGAUUUCUAGCCUAGCUGAGACGUGAGCCCCAGGUUCAGUAAGAGGCCCACUAUGAGACUAUGUACCAUAGUUGGUACAUUCAAAUCCAACUUCUCAUUUCUGUGUGAGUUUAGGUGCACACCUAAACACCUGUGAACAACAAAAAGUUUAAAGAAAAGGAGGAUGGUGAGAUGGCUCAUUGAAUAGAUAUUUGUCACCGUAUAUGAUGACCUGAGUUUGAUUCCCUAGAACCUAGAUGGUAGGACAGACCAGAUCUUGCAAGGUACCCUUUGUGAAUGCUGUGGCAUGUACACACCCACAGUGUUAGUUAUUUUUUAUAAAACUGUUUCUCAGUUUCUCUCUUAACCCACACAGAUAACUGGGAUUCUUUUAUAUUUGUUUAAUAAUAAACUUCACUGUACAAUAACUGAGCAGUUGUUUCUCUAUUCUUAACCCUCUAAACCAGUCUGGUUUCCUCCAAGUGUAUAUCCCAGAAAUACUUGCAUGUUUUACUGCUCAUAGCUGAAUCCCUUACUACUAAACCUUCCUCCCCUGAAAGUCCAGCCCUAUUCUCUUCCCUGCUCAGUGAUUGGCUCUUAAGAUGCUUUAUUGGCAUGUCAGGGGAAAACUGGGGAGCAGUGUUUACAAAGCAGUGAGACAGGAGAUUCUCAUAACAAGGACCAGAUAUGGGGUAUAGAAAUCAGCCUUUGAAUUACACAGCAACCUUAUUCCUGCCCCACAGCAUAUACAAAAUGAGUUUUAAAAAAAUUACUGGAGAGAUGGUUCAACGAUUAAAGGCUAGGAUCAUAACCAAAAAUGUAAAACAAAACAGAACAGGCUGCACAGGAGAUAAAGCACAAAAUACAAGUAGGGAACAGGUUGCUGUAAUUCCCUUAUUCGUCAGAGACUCAUGCAAAAACUAAACCAUCUAACCAAACAAAACUAUAAAUCUAGUAAUCAGACACACCAGCAUUUCAAAUAAUCCAUGGUAAUGAGGCCAAAUGAUGGUGUGCUUACCAGGCCUGUGUAUUGUUCUUUUGUAUUAAAAAGGGUUUUCAAGGUCAUGUAGGCAUAAUGUUAUCGAGCACUGCAUAAAAAUUUAAAUGCUGAUUUCUUUGUACACACCUGCCCCCAUAAUCUGGCUGCAGUCCUUGUUCAGAGAAUCUCCUGACUAACCUAUGCUCUCCAUUUGUUCACUAAUAUGUCAUUAAAGGAGUUUAAGAGCCAACCAUUGAGCAAGGGAGAAAAAAGGGUUGAACUUCCUGCCAGCCAAGGAGAAGAGAGGAAGUGGGGAUUGAGCCAUAGGCAUAGGUCCAGGAAACAUGAGAAAAGGCAGCUGGAACAGGGAAAGCUGUAGAAUGCAACCAUCUAAGGGAUUUUGGCAAAAAGGCCAGACUAAGUUAGAGGAUUAGAAUUGAGUUAAAAACUGCUCAGUAUUAUAUCUUAAAGCUUAUUAAACAAAUAUAAUAGUCUAGGCUCAAUUAUUUGGAUGCUAGCAGGAUUAAGAGAAACUGCAACACAAUUUUAAAACUAACAAUAACAAGAUCAUCUGUACUAUGUUUAUGCUUUUGAAUCGAUUGUUUGAAAAAACAUUAGCAAGUGAAGAAAUUGAUGCUUUAUUGUACCCUUUUUGUAAAAUUAAUCUUCAUAUGUUAAUGGCAUUGAAAAAAAUCUUUGUAGACCAGGUUAUCUUUAGACUCAUUUGAUCAUGGUUGCCUUAGGAAUUUGUGUGGCACCAAAAACCCCUUUUUGUUUGAGUCUUGUCACCCAGUUAUACACAGUUAUGUGGGCAUUUAUCGUGACUUUUAUACCUUACUUCUAUUGAUUAUUUCAUACAACACUUCGUGUAAGAGCUUUAUGCCCUGACAAUCUUCAGAUAAAUAUGAGCGGUGAUGAACUGUCUACUCCGGUGUGUAUAUCCAAGCACUAUAGUGCCUGGGGACAUGUAUGGAGUAGUGAAAUUGCUAUUUGUAAGGCAUAGCUACCAAGGUAAUAAACAUUCUUUUACUGCCUGGAAAUUAUGGUGAACCAGGAGACAGCUUUGAAUCCCCCAGUCCUUCCCGGGGCAGACAGCUCCACUGGCCCUAAUGACAUCUCUUGGCCAUGUCUUAUUGAUGGGUCACAAGUCUCAAGUGCAAGGAUGUAUAUAUAUAUAUUUAUAGUUAAACCAUGGUCGACUGUAUUGUAUGGAAAACCUGAAAGUGACAGUAAGUGAAUUUUGUUAAGGACAGUGAUUAGAAACAUCUUUAAAAGCUAGAGCAUAAUGUGUAAAGACAAAAAUUCCACAGCUCAAUAUUCACCUGUAUAAGGUAAAAAAGAAAAAAAAAAGAAUCAAGAAAAAGAAUGAUAUACACUACCACUGGGAUUAAAGUGCAUUCAGGGCUCGGGAAGAUGGCUAAAUGUAUAAAGCACUUGCAUGUGCUCCUGAAAACUUCCACUUACGUUUCCAUAACCCAUGUAAAAGCCAAAUGUAGCAGCACAAGCAUCUGUAAUAGUUGUGGUUAGGCAGAAUCAGCCAGAAGCUUAAGAAUACAGUGGCAGAAAUGAGAGAGACCCUGCCUUAAAAGCAAGGUGGAAGGAGAAAAAUGACUCCAGAAAAUUAUCUUCCACAUGUGUGUGCAUAUACAUAAUAAAUAGCUUAAAAUUUUAAUUAUUAAAUGUUAUUUAAUAACAGUUUCUGUUUGUUGGGUUGUCUGCUGUUCAGGGAUAACAUAUGUACUCUUUUUUAAUUAAAUUUUUAUUUUUUAUAUUAA